AGUGUAUCCAGCUAGCUAGAGCAACGUCCAGCAGAGUCCAAUCGUAGAUUUCGUUGCAAUAUUAUUUUUUAUUAUUAUAUUUGUUUAUCUCACUGAGGGUCUAUUAAACAUGUCAACGCCACUCGAAAAGCCUCAGAUAAUAGUACACAUCCAAAAAAGUUUGAACUACACUGUUUUUGACAGCAAAUGGAUACCAUGCAGUGCAAAGUUUGUCACUAUGGGUAACUUUCCAAGGGGUACAGGGGUGAUGCAGAUAUACGAAAUCAAUCAAGGAGAGCUUCAGCUUGUAAAAGAGAUUGAAAAGCCAAAGCCCAUAAAAUGUGGGACAUUUGGAGCCACAUCCCUACAACAGAGACAUUUAGCCACAGGAGAUUUCGAUGGAAAUCUACAUAUCUGGAACCUAGAGGUACCAGAUGUGCCUGUAUAUACAGUGAAGGCACACAAAGAGAUUGUGAACAGUAUUGAUGGUGUUGGGGGACUGGGAAUUGGAGAUGGUGCACCUGAAAUUGUGACUGGAAGUAGAGACGGGACAGUGAAGGUUUGGGAUCCCAGGCAAAAAGACACACCUGUGGCAAAUAUGGAGCCUGUUGAGGGAGAGACCAAGAGGGACUGUUGGACUGUGGCUUUCGGGAAUGCUUUCAAUGACCAGGACCGCUGUGUUUGUGCUGGAUAUGAUAAUGGAGACAUCAAGCUAUUUGACCUCAGAAACAUGUCUUUACGAUGGGAAACAAACAUCAAAAAUGGAGUAUGUUGCGUUGAGUUUGACAGGAAAGAUAUCAACAUGAACAAACUGGUGGCGACAUCUCUGGAGGGAAAAUUCCAUGUGUUCGACCUGAGGACCCAGCACCCCACCAAAGGCUUUGCAUCGGUUUCUGAAAAGGCUCAUAAAUCCACAGUCUGGCAAGUAAGGCAUUUGCCUCAAAACCGAGACAUCUUCAUGACGGCAGGUGGAGCAGGAAAUCUUCAUUUAUGGAAAUAUGAGUAUCCAGCCCAGAGAAGUAAAAAGGACUCUGAGGAAGUUGACAUGGGCGUUGCUGGCACAGUGAACCUCCUGCAGAAUGUGACCUUGUCGACUCAGCCAAUCGCUAGCCUGGACUGGAGCCCAGACAAGCAGGGUCUGUGUGUGUGCACCGCCUUUGACCAGUCCGUUCGUGUGCUCAUCGUGACCAAACUUAAUCGUGUGUGAGAUGGUGGACUAACUUUCUCUGUCUGCGAUCUGAGACUCACACAUACACACCCACACAUGCUUAACACAGAAUGUGGUGGAUCAAGUAUGGGUUGGCUGUUUCAGUUGUGUUGGUUUCAAAUGUGAAUUGGAGCCUACAGAAUUUGACAGGAGAACUGCCCCAGGACUGUUUUGUAUUGUUUUAUUCUUCAAAUGCAUGAGGACAUGUAUCUGUGUACUUUGAUAACUUUGCCCAGUGCAGUAUGUCAUUUUUACUUCCCCAUGUUGUGUCCAUAGGGGUGCCUUUUGUUGAAAUGUGAACUAUUUUCCAGCUAAAACUGGUGAAAAUAUAUGGAAUAUAUUAUAUAU